AUGUACCUGAGUGACCAGAAGGGGUUAAACCAGGAUACUCCCCUUCCCAGACCUCAUUUAAGAGUUGGCUGCGAAGAUAAGGGUAUUUUGCUGGAGAUCCUUGUGUACCUGUGUGAAGAAGCUCCUGCUCAGGCCCAAAUUAUCCAUGCUGGGCAGGCAUGUGUAGUGAAGGAGGACAACAUCAGUGAACGUGUUUACACGAUUCGGGAAGGGGACACGCUGGUCCUGCAGUGUCUGGUCACAGGACACCCCCGGCCACAGGUGAGAUGGACCAAAACAGCUGGCAGCGCAUCGGACAAAUUCCAAGAGACGUCAGUGCUUAACGAGACCCUUCGGAUUGAGAAGAUCCAAAGGCUGCAGGGGGGCCGCUAUUACUGUAAAGCAGAAAAUGGGGUUGGGGUCCCUGCCAUCAAGUCCAUUCGAGUAGAUGUGCAGUAUCUAGAUGAACCUGUCCUCACUGUUCAUCAGACUAUCAGUGAUGUACGUGGCAGCUUCUACCAGGAGAAGACUGUUUUCCUCCGUUGCACCGUCAACUCCAACCCACCAGCUCGCUUCAUAUGGAAACGGGGAGCUGAGACACUUUCCCACAGUCAGGACAAUGGUGUGGACAUCUAUGAACCCCUCUAUACACAGGGUGAAACCAAAGUCCUGAAGCUGAAGAACCUGCGGCCCCAGGAUUACGCCAGCUACACAUGCCAGGUGUCUGUCCGCAAUGUCUGCAGCAUCCCUGACAAAUCGAUCACCUUCCAGCUCACAAACACCACAGCCCCACCUGCUCUGAAACUGUCAGUCAAUGAAACAUUGGUGGUCAACCCUGGUGACAACAUCACUAUGCAGUGCUCUCUGACAGGCGGUGACCCACAGCCAGAGGUGCUUUGGUCUCAUUCUCCCGGCCUGCUGCCUCCCAACAGCCUCGUGCAAGGAGGCAACCUCACCAUCUGGAGGAUCCGCGUGGAGGACUCAGGAUACUACAACUGCACAGCCAUAAACAAUGUGGGGAACCCAGCAAAGAAGACAGUGAACCUACUGGUGCGGUCCAUGAAGAAUGCCACGUUCCAAAUCACCCCUGAUGUGAUCAAAGAGAGUGAGACCAUCCAGUUAGGGCAGGACUUGAAACUCUCAUGCCACGUGGAUGCUGUCCCCCAGGAGAAAGUUGUCUACUCCUGGUACAAGAAUGGGAAACCAGCCAGGUUCUCAGACCGGUUACUCAUCACCAGGAAUGACCCUGAGCUCCCACCUGUGACCUGCAGCUUGGAGAUUAUCGACCUGAGAUUCAGUGACUAUGGCACCUACCUGUGUGUGGCCACCUUCCAGGGAGCACCCAUUCCUGACCUCAGUGUGGAGGUGAACAUCUCCUCAGAGACAGUGCCGCCAACCAUCAGUGUCCCCAAGGGUCAGUCUACCAUCACUGUCCGGGAGGGCUCCAGGGCUGAGCUGCAGUGUGAGGUUCGAGGGAAGCCUAAGCCACCCAUCAUCUGGUCCCGAGUAGAUAAGGAAACCCCCAUGCCUUCAGGGACAAUGACGGUGGAGACAUAUGAUGGGAAGCUGCACCUGGAGAGCGUCAGCCGAGAAAUGAGCGGGACCUAUAAGUGCCAGACAGCCAGGUACAAUGGCUUUAACAUCAGACCACGGGAAGCCCUGGUGCAGCUCAACGUGCAGUUUCCACCGGUGGUGGAGCCAGCCUUCCAGGAUGUGCGGCAGGGCAUGGGGCGCAGCGUCACCCUGCGCUGCACCAUGCUGAAGGGCAGCCCCAUGAAGGUGGCCACCUCUGUCUGGCGCUUCAAUGGCACCCUGCUGGCGCAGCCCCCUGCAGAGCAGCAGGACUACUCAGAGCUAAAAGUGGACAGCGUGAGCCGGGAGACCAGCGGCAGCUACGAGUGCAGCAUCUCCAAUGAUGUGGGGGUCUCCGCCUGCCUCUUUCAGGUGUCUGCAAAAGCUUACAGCCCUGAGUUUUACUAUGACACUCCAAACCCCACCCUGAGCCAGAAGCAAUCCAAGAAUUACUCUUACAUCUUGCAGUGGACACAGAAGGAACCUGAUGCUGUGGAUCCUAUCCUCAAGUAUCGCCUGGAAGUCAGGCAGCUGGCUCAACGAAACAUCAUCCAAACCUUCAUUCCUGUGCAGAAAAUGGAGAAGGGCCUGUUGCUGGAGCACAUCCUGCCCAACCUGAAGGUGCCUCAGAGCUACGAAGUUCGCUUGACACCUAUCACCAGCUUUGGGGCUGGCGAUAUGGCUGCUCGCAUCAUCCGGUACAUGGAACCAAUCAACUAUCCCAGCCCAACAGAUAACACCUGUCGCUUUGAGGAUGAGAAGAUCUGCGGCUUCGUGCAAGACAAGAUGGACAACUUUGACUGGACACGGCAGAACGCCCUGACCCAGAACCCCAAGCGUACUGUCAACACUGGGCCACCCACGGACAUCAGCGGUACGCCAGAGGGUUAUUACAUGUUCAUCGAGGCCUCUCGGCCCCGGGUGACAGGAGACAAAGCCCGGCUGAUCAGCCCACUAUACAACAUCACGGCCAAGUACUACUGUGUCUCCUUCUACUACCACAUGUACGGCAAGCACAUCGGCUCCUUGAAUCUGCUGGUUCGCGUGCGGAACAAGCGGGCCAUCGACACCCAGGUGUGGUCACUGAGUGGGAACAGGGGGAACAUGUGGCAGCAAGCACAUGUGCCCAUCAACCCGCCUGGGCCCUUCCAGAUCAUCUUCGAAGGCGUCCGGGGCACGAGCUAUGAGGGAGACAUUGCCAUUGAUGAUGUCACUCUGAAAAAGGGGGACUGUCCAAGGAAGCCAAUUGGACCGAAUAAGGCGGUUGCUCUUCCAGGAAGUGGGGUUCCAGCCCAGCAUGGCCCUUGUCUUUGUGGCCCAUUGACUUUCUUCCUUUACGUGCUGCUCAGAUGA